GGUAACUUUUAUACAGAUAGAGAAAUUGAUGAUGCACCAUUGCCGGUGUUGAUAUUCCAACAAUACGUAGAAGUAAGUUAGAAUUAAACACCAUGUUCAACCAACUGAUUCUACUAAUUUGCAGCAUGGUUUGCACCAGUUUAGCCGAUGAUUCUAUUUUCGAUGCAAUAGAAAACGAGUGCAUAGAUAAAUUAGGCCUAGGUUUCUAUGAAAACCUUAUUGUACUUGAAAGUGGUUACCUAAAGGAAGAUGACGAAGAUAUGAGAGCUUUCUUCGCGUGCGUUUGGAAAGAGAAAGGUUUCCAACGUGAAGACGGAUCCGUUAACUUUAAUAGCAUUUAUGAGGUCAUCGUCAGCGAAAGAAAAUCGGGGUCAAGCGAAUUCGGUAGCGCGUACGUGGCAAUUCAGGCCAUCGCAAACUGUGAAGAUAUCGAAGAGGAAAAUCAUGGUCAUACCGUAAUUAUGGUCUACAACUGUUUGAAUGAAAAAGUUCUCGAAUAUGACGAAAAAUUUCGAAACAAAUUUAUACGUUAGUAUUGCAAAAUAAAGCUGCUUAUCGAUAAA